UUUAAAUUUCCUCAAGUUACCACAUGAAAUCGGCUACUUUAGUUUGAUUAACGUAGGUUCUUUUUGUAGACCAUGUGGAAAGUCCAAUAUGGUGGAGAAGAUCUGAUUAAGUGUAUCCAAGGUCUAUACGAAGAGAAGGAAACGGGUCGCUUUCCCCCAAUCUUUUCCAAGGUCCCGUUCAGUGCAAACAUGCAAAAAAAGUAGAAUAGUUCAAGGUGUGUUAAGGAGUUGGGCUAUGCUCAAGAGACACGUGCCCUCUCCCCUAAUUAAAUGAGGCAAAAUGCAAUGGUCUGGAUAUGACAGCAGAUUAAAUUUCGUUCGCCUCUCCAUCAAUUUUCUGUUUAAUGUCACUGAGCUCCAUUGUGGGAGAAGAGGACGCGUCAUCCAGCCAUAAAUUUGUGAUUAUAGAGGCUCGAGGAGGCAGUUGGCUCUAUUCGGACGGAUUUGCUCCGUACCUUCAGAUAGAUCUUCAACAACCAGAAACCAUUCAAGUGCUCUUUUAUAUACCAUUUAAGCUUUAAAGAGUUUUACCGGACUAGACUAUGAUUAAGUAGUCAUGAUAAAUUAAAUAGCCUCUAUUUGUUUUUCCAAAGGCUGUUAAGAUUUGUUAGGGGGCUCUGCACGAGGAAGGGACACUUCAGACGGCAUUUUAAUCAAAGAUUUGAAUCCAGAUCACUGGCGCAUUUUCCCCAUUUUUGCGUAAAUCAAUACUCAGUCCUUAUUCAAAAAUAUUUUCUUUCUGGAUGGACCUCCAUGUUUAUAGAAAACAUGAAUGGGACAUACUUUUUUGGCCGUCAGAGCCAAAACUGUGCUGAAUGCAAGACCUAAGCGAAACUCUUAACGGGAUUAUAACAUCUGGGCGGCGUUCGGUUCGGUUCUCGUGGUUUCCCGCUCUGGAUUUCGGAUUUAUCGUUUUUUAUCGGGAUGGAAGGCCGGGAUUUCGCUCCUCCGCCGCACCUUCUGGCAGAGCGAGGCGCGCUGGUUCACAGAAGCGCCUCGAGGAUCACUCCUGCCGGGCACACGGCUGUGCAGCAUCCCGGUCACUUUCAGCCUGGGAAAUAUUACCCCUCACACAUACCGAUGCCUCCACAUUCAGGCAGUGGACUGAUAGGGAACUCCUCCGCCUCCUUCAUGGGAACGUUUCUGGCCAGCAGUCUGGGAUCUCCCCCCUCCCACCCCAGCGGACCCCCAUCGUCCCCCUCUUCUCCGCCCUAUCGUUCUGGACCUCACUCCACAGCCCCGUCACAGAUCUGGUUCCCACACUCACAUGAAGCCCCAGGGUAUCCCCGCUUUUCAGGGAGCCUAGCCCCCACCUUCCUGCCCAUGAGCCCCCUGGAUCACCAUGGCAACAGCAGUGUACUCUAUGGACAGCACCGAUUCUAUGACUCUCAGAAAGAUUUCUAUCUACGAAGCCUCCCGUCGCAGCCCCACCUUCUCUCCACAAACCACAGCCUCCCACCGCUAUCUAGAACUGCCCAUGCCCACCCGCUGGACUCCUGCAGUCGUGAGAGGGAGCCUGGGAGCACAGCUACCCAAAAGAGCUCCAAAGAGACAGGUGUAGCGGAGCGAAGAGUAGCACCCGGAGGAAAAGAAAAAGAAAAGAGUAAACAAGAGUCCAAGCAGGAUCGGCAGCAUCACGGUCCUUCCGCCCUUCACCACCAGCACCAGCACCAUCCUCAGCAUCACCCCCAAGGCCUAGAGGAGGACUUCCGGCACAAAGACGACCCCAAGCACCUUAGUUCCUGCCUGCUUAGCACCAAGACCCAGAAUGGCUCCGAUCCAGGGGCCACCACCAGGGGCUCCCUGCCUAGUUGUGUGGGGCCGGGGGCCUCUGGUCUGGGGACUGGCCGGCAGACAAGCGGAGACGGUCACUGUUGCAAGGAGGGGGUCAGUGGGGAGAUGAGAAUUAGCGAGCCUCCCUCCGACUGUCUUCGCCACAGUGCCAUGCUGGGCCAUGCCCACCCAGUGCCCUACUCCAUGCCUCCUCCCCUGGGCCUAGGCUCUGCCGUGGGAGGUUCCUGGCUGCACCCAAGUCAUCCGCAUCAUCACCAUCCUCAUCAUCCCCACCCUGAUCUUUUCUGCCCACCACCCCCUGCUCCACUAACCAUGCCCACUGCUCAGGAAAAGAGCCUUGGCAGAGACUCUGAGGUGACGGGGCCUACCUUUGUGCCCUCUGUGGGGCCACAGGGAGACAAAACCAGUGGACCGUUCCAGCUGGGGAACCCUCACUGUCGAGGUGUGGGAGGUGGGAUGGUCGCGGUCGGAGGCAGCACAGGGAAGGAAACGAAAACUCCGGAGAGGAGUAGCAGUGGAAGUCGAGCAGCUACCCUACUGCCUCCUCCGAGUAGCUGCCAAAGAAAAUCUUCCCAGCAGCAACACGCAUAUGGCAAAGCAGACAAGAGCCCAGACUGGCCCCCGGGCCCCCAUUCACGCACAAACGAGGUUCAGCACAGUCAGAAUCAGCAUCCCCACUCGUCUCGUUCAUGUAGCUUGGACAGCAGUGAGGAAUCUGAUGCCCUCCGUCCCUCUCUGCCACAGGGGACAAAGGGUGGCCACCAAGCUAAGAGUAGCAUUUAUGCCAGCACUCCACCUUUCCGGGACUGUUCCCACUCAGGUCCGUCGAACAGGGCAUCGUCUGAAGGUAAAGGUGCAACAGAUGUUGACUGUACUCUUCAGAGGAACAGUCAGAGAGUUGCACGGAUACGUCAUCAGCAGCACAGUAACAGGGCUAGCACUGGUGGACAGGGUCCAGAGUUGGAGCCUGGCAGCGGCACACAAGACAAGAGGAAGAUAGACAUAGAGCCGACAUCACAGGGAUACAGCGGGCAUCAGACCGGCACUCAUCCCUCCUGGGAGGUGCGAGGACACCCGGCUCGACCGGAUGAAGAACCGCGCAAGGCUUACAACUCUCUGGGUGCUGCUUCCCAGGCUUCACAUGGGGACCAAGGGCCUCUUCCCCCUCUUACCGCCCCACAGGAGGCCACACUGGGCCCCCAGGGACCUGAAAGCAAUGCCAUGAGGAGUCUGAUGAAGUAUAGCAGCCAGCAACCACUGCUGUUCUCUCAGAAGAGCCCGUUUGGUGGCCUGGGCUGCCUCAAGCAGGGGGCAGUUACUGGAGAGAGGAGCGAGAGGAACGAGAGGAGCGACAAAAGUGGAAGCGGUUCGAGCUGUGCUCUCCAGGAGGCAAAGCAGACCCUGCCCCCCAGGAGAGCCUCGUCAUCUGGGGAGAAUGAGCGCUCGGAGCGGGCAGGCAAGGACUCAGGGGAAGCUCAGGGGGAGGGAGAGGUGCGACAGCCCCCUGUAGGGAUAGCGGUGGCCGUUGCCAGGCAGAGAGAGCCCCCGUGCCGCCUGCCAGACGGGCAUCCCACCCACAGCCACCAUAGCAGAGUGAUGCCCAGCAUGAAGGGUGUUGGACGCCCAAUGUACCCGCUGGAGCGGGAGGGGGAUGAAGAUGCGAAAAGAGUUUGUGAGGAACAGCUUGGACUGCCUCCAUACGAAAGAGAGCGAGAACUCCUCCUCAGGGAAAACAAAGACAGAGUUGACUUUGCCAGGAUCCACCCCUCCAGUAGUUGCCAUGGAGAUUUGACCUCACACCUUAUUGUGCCAGGCGGUAGCCAAUUAGGCACUGAGCCAUCUGCUCACGCCCACCCCGCCCAUCAUCACUGGAUGCCUCGGACAGGAAGUCCCUCCCUCUGGAUGGGACACUCUUAUGGUCUCAGUCAUGCAGCAUUGCAUCAGAACUUGACCCCCGGAUUCUCUGCAACCAUGCCCAGCCCCUUGCAGCCAGUCUUGCCCCUGCCUCAGGACCCCUCCGCCGCCCUGGUGGUAUUGCCUACCGAGCCAGCGGCCCACCCUGCCACCCAUCACCUUGAUGUAAUGGAGCAGCAGGGACUGUGGCCCCCUGUUUACGGAGCCCGAGGGCCCGCCUCACACAUGCAGCAUCCCGCUGUCUACUCCCGCUCCCAGUUUCUACGGCAACAGGAACUCUACGCGCUGCAGCAACAUCAGCACCAGCAGCACCGCGCGGCACAGGCGAUGGAGCUGGCGCACAGACACAGUCACUCGCAGAGGAAACCUGAGGAUCCCCCCAUCGAUCUGGUUGAGGGAUCGUCUGAGCUCCGCUCUACGUCCAAGCACACUAAGCCUUUCUCCGUUGGCCCCUCCGCUAAACCGCCUCCCUCCUCCUCAUCCCCAGGGGGCUGCGCUUCGCGUCUUUCGCCCUGCUGUCGCUCACCCGCCCCGCGGUCCCACCUCAAGAGUACGCCCUGCACGCCUUGCCCUGAGCCCAGCCCAGCCGUGGCUGCCCCUCGCUCCCCAGCGCUCAGCCCCCACGCCACCCCCCACCACCUGCCAAAACCUGCAGAGUCCCAGGACAAGAGGGGCGAGGGCCAGCCGCCACAGGACUACCCUCAAUCGCUGGAGCCUGAUCUCCCUCCUGGCUACACUUACCCCGCCAUCGCCAUGGGUUACAAAGGUGGCCCUUCCCCUCAAGAAGUCCAAUUGGCUGAGCAUGCAGAUUUGGAGGCGGAGCAAGCGGAACCCGCUGAACCUGCGCCUCAGCCUCACCCACUUUCUCCCAAAGGGGAGGAGCCUGUGUGCCACUCUAGAGUGGGUUCUCCUGUUAGAACAUCCCAGGAAGUAGAAGAUGAGGGAGGAGUAAUAGAAGCAAAUGGACAGGUUGAUGAAGGACAGGUGGAUGCCACUCUUUCACAAACUUCCCUUUGCCCCGUAACUGACUCUACCGUAGCGGACGCCCAUCCGGACAGAGCGACGAUGAUCCCCAACAGCCAGGCGAGUGAAACAGAGAGUCCAGCACUAGCAGAAGACGACAAGGAGCAGGUUGAGGAGCUACAAGACUCAGCUGUGACCACCACCCAGGAUUCUCAGUCUUUGGAACCUACCGAGCAGGAUCCAGAGAGGACUGCUGAGGAUGAGUCACCCAUUGGCUCACCCUCACCGCCGUUCUCCCCCUGCCCCGUGUCCUCUGCCCUGGGGAACCAGUACCCUGGGAGCUGCAUUUGGAGCCUGGAGCUGCUCAUCGCAGCAGCGCUGUGUGCCACUCGAGAUGCCUGUAUGGCAGCCCCCGCGCCUGUGUCUAGGAACGCAGUGGCCCCAAAUUAUGGUAUAGAGUUACUGAGUGAACUGGCGGAGCUGGAGCGAUCCCAACAGCAGAGGAACAACACUGAAGAGAACAGAGAAGACGAUAUGCUGACCUUUGACCUUCAAAGUUUGGCAACCCUGGCUGCCGCCCGGGCCUUGGAACUGGCCCCACCCAUACCAGCAGACUCAACUCCACCCCUUCGCAGAAUCCUCAAUCUGCGCAGGAAGUGCAAGUGGACGCCACGUCCCGAACCGGUGUGUCCUGUUAAGGCUACCAUGGAAACGCUGGACCGGGAGGAGCUAGCGAUGCGUGUGCGGCUGGCAGAACUGCAGCGGCGUUACAAGGAAAAACAGAGGGAGCUGGCCAAGCUACAGAGAAAACAUGACCACCAGAAAGAAGAGACCUCACGCAGUCCGGCUCGUCGAGGACCCGGAAGGCCACGGAAGCGCAAGUCCACCUCAGCACCCCCAAUCCCCACCGAUGGCCCAAAAAAAGUCAAGUCGGCUGGAGCGGGGGCGGGGCCGGGACUGCUUACGGCGGAGGACUUGACUAGAGGAGGAGACAGGAAGAGGAAGAAGAGAAGGAUGACCAGUAGCCCUUACCACCAUCUCAGUAGCACACAGAUGAAGGCUCACUGUAGGCCAAGAGGCAGGCCAAGACUGCUUAGCACGAAGUUUAAACAGAAAGCUUGCUCACAGCUGAAGCAGAAAGCCAAAGCCAAGCGUGGAUCUCGACUGGUGAACUUGUUGUGUCACAGAGAAACCAAUACGCAGAGCAGUAUUACAGAACAUCUGUCCCGAGAGCACAGUGGAAAAGAAGAACACACACAUAGUAAUAAAACCGGAGAGCACAGUGACACAGCAGGCAGUGUGGCAGCAGUCCACCGGGGAUCCGAUGGGAAAGGGACUAUGAUGAGAAGAGGUGCAAGGUCAAAGGCCAUCCUGAGCCCCUCACUCCUGCCAACCCGAACGCAGCAGCUGCUAUGCAAUACAGCUGUGACCAAUAGCAAGCUAGAAGCUACCGAGAAGGGCAUCUCUCCCUCCGACAGCGACACAGAGGAGGAAGAUGACGGCAUCUAUGACAGCGAGGAAGGAGCGGAGGGCAUCAAGAAUCUAUCAUCUAAAGAGCAACUGUCUGGAGUCGGCCGUCCUUCACAGUGCUCCAUCGUGAAGCUCGAGGCCAAUCAGAAAGCCAAGAACAAAACGGAAAGACAAGGAUUUGGAUCUAUGAAUGUGUCCGUCACUAAAGACGAGGUGAAGAGAAGGAAGGCCCCCUGUAGGCCGGCCCUGGUCAGUGCUGACCAUAACCACUCAGAACUGGAGGAGGAGAGGAGAUUGACUGGCCCCAAGUGGAGAGAGGGGUCAAGGGAGAACACCUUUGACCACACUAGGGUUCUCAAGACCUCACCUACUCCACGAGAAAGAACCACCAGGAAGAGCGCUGUGCUUCUUGGGAAGAGGAAAAGCUGUUGGUUAGAAGCACUGACGUCUCAGUAUGAUGACAUCACUUGGAGCAGACGAAUCAGAAACAAGCAGCAGGCUAAGGGGCGAGCAGUCAGUCGUUUGCUGGAGAGCUUUGCUGCCGACGAGGGAUUCCGGAUGGAUGACGACAGCAGCUUUUCAGAGGGAGAGGAAGAAGAAGAGGAGGAGGAGGAACCAGAGCUGAUGGGCAGUGGACUAUCGGCCCUGCCCAACUGCAUUCUCACCAAAGAAAUCCUGAGGGACGGGCUGAAAGUGUUAAUCUCAAAAGAGGACGAGUUACUGUAUGCUGCAUAUGUACAUACACUGGACCUACCUGAUAUCUAUAGUGUUGUUGUUGAAGGAGAGCGCAGAAACAGGCAGAGGAUCUACUCUCUGGAGCAGCUGCUUCAGGAAGCGGUUUUAGAUGUGCAGCCUGAGACGGUGGAAAUUCUGACGGCUGGAACAAGAGUGUGCGCUUACUGGAGUGAACGCUCCCGCUGUCUGUAUCCUGGAUAUGUCCGUAAAGGAGGUCCAGGUGAGGAACAGAAGGAAGGCAGCAUCAUGGUAGAGUUUGACGAUGGAGACCGGGGAUGGAUUUCUCUUUCAAACAUUCGCCUGCUUCCACCAGGCUACCAAAUCCACUGUGCAGAGCCAUCACCAGCCCACCUGGUCUCACCUAGCUGCCGCAGAAGGAAGACCUCCACUCAAGAGAAGAUGAGUCAACAGGCUGAUGUGUCCUCAGAGUGUUCCGCUAACACAGAGCCAAGGAAGAAUGUUGUGAAAGCCAAGCCAGGAAGGCCCAAAUCCGUCAAUGCAUCAUCAAAGAGCUGUGCAUCUGAGAAUGCAACUAGAACUGCUUCCCCUCUUCUUGGCUGGCCACUCGCUGCCAUGUCCAGGAGGAAACCCUCCAUGGAUUUGUUCCAGUUUAAUGGGUUAACAAAGAAAGCUCUGAGGGGAAAGGAGUCAGACAUGUUCCCCUUACUUAGCUCCACCAUGACCACUCCAGCCAAAGGCAUCUUCAGCACUUCCUUUGAGGUGGACUCCUUCAGCAGCAUCGCAAAUGGUUGUACUUCCUUUGGGAAUCAGCAGUUGGCAACAGGUCUGCCUCUUAGUCACAAAGGCGUUCCUGGUUUACGGGGUAGAAAGUCAGGAGACAGGAAGGAAUUUCUGGUCAAACUGGACCAUGAAGGGGUAACAUCCCCCAAGACUAAGAACGGAAAAGCAUUGUUGCUUCUUGGAAACCCAGAGGUACAAAGAGGCGGACGGAUGGAAAAGGGCUUUGGAGCCAAAGGAAUAGGAGAACUGACCUCAACGAUGGGCUACUCCCAGUCUCUUCUUCUAGUCAAAGAUGCCAAAAGGAACAGUUGCCAUCUUCUCAAAAGUUCCUCAGACUUGCGUAAGCACCCUCAGGGUCUCGGGCUUAGUGAAUAUGCAGAUUACGGGCCAAACUGCCACAGCGACUGCCUAAGCUCCUAUUCAGAUAUGGAUGAAGAUGAAGACGAGGAAGAAGAUGCUAGAAGGGCGGUGAUGCGCACCUCUGGACGCUUUCUGUCUCGUCUUUCUGUCUCGUCGUCAUCCUCAGGGUCCUCCAGCGCGUCUAGUUCAGGCUCAUUGUCCAGUUCUAGCAUAUGCUCAUCUGACAAUGACUCGUCCUAUAGUUCGGAUGAAGAAGAGGCAUCACGGCUUCUGCUUCAGAAUUGCCUUUCUUCUCAUCAUACGUUGCUCCAACAACAGCAGCAUCCUGAACCUCCCACCGCCCCACCACGACACACUUUCGGAGCCAAAUCUAUGACCAUUUCUAAUUCAAAGACUGCAGUCAACAGCAGUACAGGAAAACCUCCAAGGAGAAAGGAGAUUGCCAACAACUCUUCCUCUGUAGUACAGUCCAAAUCUUCCAAAGACUUCUCUAAAAAACAGAAGAUACCAUCUUCAGAUGGUCCACCCAACUCGUCCUCAUUCAUGCCAGGACGGCAGCUGUGGAGGUGGUCUGGGAACCCCACUCAGAGACGGGGUUUGAAAGGCAAAGCCCGGAAGCUGUUCUACAAGGCCAUUGUUCGGGGAAAAGACACUGUUCGAGUUGGCGACUGUGCGGUUUUCCUCUCAGCCGGUCGGCCUCAUCUCCCCUUCGUUGGUCGCAUUGAGAGUCUUUGGGAAUCCUGGUCCAGCAACAUGGUGGUCAAAGUAAAGUGGUUCUACCACCCUGAGGAGACCAAACUUGGAAAAAGGCACCGGGAUGGAAAGCAUGCCUUGUACCAAAGUUCCCACGAGGAUGAAAAUGACGUCCAGACCAUCUCCCAUAAGUGCCAGGUGGUAAGCCGAGCUGAAUACGAGCGCCUGAGCCGUAUCAGAAAACCUAACAGCAACAGUCAAGAUCUCUACUACCUGGCUGGAACCUACGACCCCACCAGUGGCCAACUGGUGACAGCCGAGGGAGAGUCCAUCAUCUGCUAACGUUAUGCACUACUGAAAUUGUGAGAUACAAGAAAUGGCUGAUAAUCAGGCCAGUCUUACAAAACUAGCGUGAUGUGGAAAGUGAGUUUAACCCACAGCCAUGGGUUUUUGCAGCCACUCUUGGAGUAACAGUAUAUUAUUGAACGGAUUGUGGGGAAGACAACUCGAUGAAGGUUCCACAGACAUGGAAUGAUUUUUUUUUUUAUCAAUUAGCGAAAAAAGGCACUGGACUUGUUCAGAGUAGGAUAUUUAGACUGACGAACAUGAAUCGGAGUUGAAAAACACUGACUGUUUUUUUGGAUUUGGGUCUUCACUGGUUACGCACGUCAAACUGAUGUCCCCAGGACUUUUUGAUAUCCCAGCAGGACCAAAUACACUGUUACUUUGAGCUGUGGUAUGAUCUGUUUGCUUGUGUGUUUGCGUGAGAGGAGAUGUGAAUGAGAGGGUAUUUUUUUGCUGUAUGCAAAUAUGUGAACAACCGUGUUUGUAUGUAGAGAUCAGCCACAAAAAAAGACAGACAAAACAAACAGGAAUGGGUGUUAACCUGGAGAUUAGAGGCCUAACUGGUGUUUGAAUGAUGCUCUCACACGUGUACAGUCUAAUGACCUCUUUUGACAAUACCAGGGAUUUUUUUAUUGUUCUUUUCUCGUUCAUUUUGGCGGUUUAUGAGAAAAACAAACACAGUAAAACAAAAGGAAUGAUUUUUCCAGUCAAGCCAUACACUUCUGUACCUCUUGCUUAUCUUCUCAUUCAGGUGUAUAGUUGUACAAUUGAUUUAUUUGAUGUGUGUAAAUAUAUAAAUAUAUAUGAAAAAGUACAAACUGUAAAUAUAAUAUAAAUGAAGAGAGAACUCUAUUCCUCUUUAUUGCUCUUGAUUGUGUUAUUUUUUUAAAAUGAAAUAACUGUUCUGAUUGGGAGGUUCGUUUUUGGGACAGGCAUGAUUUGGGAGACCUUAGUUACUGAAUACCCUCUUCACUGUCGUAAUGGAGGGAAGGGAGGGUAGAAGCGACACAAUGCAGUCCAGUCAGAGGAAACAGGCUGUCUGCGUACACUCUUUCAUCUUUCUUUUGGAGUUUGAUUUUGGCUUUGAAAGAAUGGUUUGUUUCUAUUGCAUUUCAUCAUCUUUGUGUGAUCUAAUUGGUAACAAUUUGCGCAAAAAGCUAACACUCCGUAGUCCGUAUAGCACAUGUGGAGGUGGUUUUACCGUCCGGAAAUUCAUCUGAAAUACUGACUGAAGGAAUCUGGCCUCCAAAAUGUCAAACCAAAGUAUGUCCUUGGAAUUACAAUACUUCCAGCUGCAAUAAAUAUGUAGACUGAAUCAUAAACAAGGGGCACUUGCAAUGUUUUUGCCUGAUGUACUUUAGAUGAGUGACAACUAAUUUUGCAGAUAGCUUUUCAAAUGCGUUUGUGUUUGAAAACAGCUGAAAUGUUCUUGUGACGUUUCGGCAGUGUUGUAGCAAAGUGUCGGCCAAGGAUUAUGGGUAUGGAAAUGCAAAGCGUGAACAGACGCUUCCAGCACUUGAAGCCUCCUGCUGUCCUGUGUCACGUGAUCAUGAAGGACAAUCAUAACCUGUAAGUGAGGGCAGUUUAAAACAGAUCUAAUCUAAACUCUUGCCUCUCGUCACUUUUUUCUUCCUGCUUUGCCAAAAAUUGUUCUGUUUGUUUUUUCCAUUGUCAAUGUUGUACUCUUAUUUGUUCAAUAUGCAAGCCUGUACAGAUUGUUCCGUGUUGGAAUUGUGAAAAAGGACAGAUAUGCCUUUCAAUCCUAAAGGAUGACUUACUUUUUUAAUGACAUUGUUGCUGUUACACUGCAGAAGCUAAAGCUUUAAGAAAUCUGAUGUGAAAAUUAAUGUAAUGUCACUUUCUGGGUCUAUAAAAAAAAAAAAAAAAGAAAGAAAGAAAAAGAAAAAUGGUAUUUUUGUAAACAAACACUGGAUUCAACGAUUGAUAUGGUAGCACUGGCACCAGCAGCGUGCCAGGAAGUUGGCCAAGCCUCAAAGGAUAUAGAAUCAUUGUGUAACCUGAAUUUGAGACCCACUUGGAACUGAUUUUUACGGUGGAUGUUCUUUUUGACCUUGUGGGGAAUAUAACUCUAAGAUAUUUCCACUGUUAAAACAUGUUAUUUAUCUUAAUUUUAUUGCAUUCGUGUUGCAUUUAAUUAAAAAAAUCU